AUGGAAUACGUGACGCUUAUCUCCAAUGACAACCAUCGGUUUGUGGUGAUGAAGGAAGUGGCGCUGAUCUCGCCUGUUCUCCGAAGCUCACAUGAGUUCGAGGAGGGCCAAACUGGCCGCAUUUCAUUGGACAUGGAUGCCGAGAUCUUGGAUGUGGUGGUGGAGUAUUUGCACUAUUUCUACAAGUACAAGGACCAAAGUGAAGAUGCGGCUGUUCCGGAAUUCAAGAUUCCUACUCACUUGGCGUUGGAGCUUUUGGUGAAGGCAGACUUUUUGGACAUCUAG